AAGUGAAUACUUUUCCAAAUCAGUGGAAAGUAUAUACUGCUUAAUUAGUAUACAUAUGUUAUCAAAUUAUUGGAAAGUAAAUCCCUAUAUAUCAGACUGUUUAAUUAAUAUAGAUAUUUUAUCUAAUUAUCACUAAUUAUCAGAAAGUAAAUCCGUUAUAGGAAAAAAAACAUAUAUAUCUCCUUUUCUAUAAGAAAAAAGCUAAUUAAAAUAAAAAUUAAUCAUCGGAAAGUAAAUCCUGUACACGCGUUCCAACGUAUAUUCAUUUGCGGAUUUUUAAAAAGUAUAUCACAAUUAAGAACAUAAAAAAGAGAACAUCUUUUAGAAAACUUCGAAAAGCAUACAAAGUAUAAUGAAGUCGAAUGGAAGGUUUGCUACUGUGACCCGAAGAGGAAGCCGGAAAGUCUUGAUAGUCAAACAAUGAAUUGAUCAUCAACAUUUAAUUUGCUCCAAUAUAUAAUAUGUAUGCAGAAGGAUACUGUGUUUUGUUCAGCCAGACACUCAAAUUGCAAAACAAAUAGCUUAACAGUUAGACUCUCUAUCCUUUUUGAAAAACAGUCUAUCUUAAUGACCAAGUUGAAUAGUCUGCGUCUCACUACAAAUCGGAAAAGGUUGCUUUUAGUUCGGCUUAAAUAUUAGAGAACAGCAAUCAAGUUAAUAGAUAGUGUAUUAAAUUCAUAGUGAGUGAUUUUGUGAAUUGAAGAGUAUGAACAUUCACACUAAAAUGUAACGGUCUAUACAUAAUCAGUGUUCUAUACACGAAUAUUCUGUUUUUCGUUCGGUCUCUUCAUUCUGAUAACAUGAAAAUAAGAGAAAUCAGAGAAAAAAAGAAUAUAUCCAGAACGGAGAAAAAUGGGAGAAUAGAAUAAAAAGCGUUAGUUUCCACGCAAAAACAGUUUUUCGUUUCUUUCUCGAACACUAAGAGUUGUCCAAGAAAACGGGUAGUAUAUUCAGAAUCCUCGUGAAAUUGCGAAUCAGAAUAUGUAUUUGGUUUCUCUUAUUUUCAGCCCGAUGGAACAUCGAACGUUUUGCUAUGAAAUAGCUCGUUUUCCCAAAUUAAGUGCACUACCAGUACUAAAUGCUAUUCAGCAAUAUUAUCCAAAUAUUAUAGUUACGAUGAGUGAUUUACAGGAAAAAGAAAAGACUGCUACAUGUCGUCCAAAAUUAGUCGCCGGUAUAAAAGAAAAGCUAAUAGAAUUGAAACAACGUGAUUCACGUCCAUAUAAAUGGCAAGGUGAUGCAACUGAACUUAACGAGUGGUUUGGAAAGUUAUUUCCAGUUAAUGCAUGA